GUUUCGCUACUUCGCGACGGAGACCCGAGUUCAACUCCUGCCCGUGGUAAACACCGGUGGCGCAGUCGUACAGUAACUGAACUCAUCCUGCACCCCCCCGUAGGUGAGUACACUCCGCCUCGAAUGAGUCCCCGGUGCGGCGUGUAAAGCAUCAGCACUUGCGGAUACGAAGGCGGCUGGGUGUCGUGCUGGCCACACCACCCCCGUGUGUGCGUCUCCCGUGUCCCAAGUAGGUGCUCGCAGACAGGACUUUGCGACCGACAGUCUCUCGGGGCUACAUCGGACGGCGGGAUACCGUUUGGGCAGAUCUUGGAGAUCGCGUUAUCUUCUGUGCAGCAGCUACGCACUCCGACGGAGGGUAGAAAGCAAGCGGCAUCCCCCUGGCGAUGGGAUCUUGAUCGCGGAGAUGGUGUGAGGGCCGGUAGCAAGAGCUGGAGGACCUCUUCUCAAGGCGGUUCGACCCCAGAGCCUCAACUCUGAGACCCAGCCCCGAGCCACUGCCGGCAUCGUCCGUUGGGUACGGGAAGGAUGAGGCUGCCAUGGAGAAGUCUCUUCCUGCCUCCCUCCGCCUUCGACACGGAGGAGCGCCAACCGCUGCUGUCGACAACCGCUCAGGUCUCCGCUGCUCAGCAACGCGAGGCCAAGGGGCGGCCCGAGGGUUCCGCGGAGGAUGUCACGGAGGUCGGAGAGGUCGAAGAGGACAGGCCGGCUGGGCAGGUCGCCCCCUUGAGCCUCGCGGCGCGGUGGGUCGCGGUUAGAGUCCGGCUCCGCACUUGGUUCGCACUCGGGCGCUCCAAAGCGCGGGAGCACCAGCACCAUCGGCGGCAUCAGCAGCAGCAUCAGCAGCAGCAGCAGCAGCAGCAGCAGGGCCCCGGCCAACGUCUACACUCUCUACCGCAGCACCGGUAUCACCGGCAUCACCAGCGGCACCACCGGCGCGGCGCUCCCCGCGUCAACCUCUGCGCCAAGUACUCGCUCUUCUGCUCGCAGUUCUUCGUGGCGGCGCUCAGCUGCCUGACGCUCGCCGUGUCGCUGUGGGGACUCGCGGACAAGGAGCGAUUCUCCUCCUCGGAAGGUGCCGACGGUGGCGCCGCGCUGCUCCCCGCCGACCCGCUGCUCAUCCCGCUGCUCGCCGGCGCCGGCUCGGCCGCGCUGGCGGCCCUGGGCUGCGCGGGGUCGCUCCGGGAGAGGCCCCCGCUGCUCCGGGCUUUCGCGGCCGGGCUCGGGGCGCUGGUGUGCGCCGAGGCCGUGGGGGCGCUGGCGGCGUACGGGGCGAGGGAGAGGGUCGGCGAGGCGCUGGCGCGAGGGGUGGCAAGGGGGGUGGAGCGCUACCGGGACGACCCGGACGUGAGGUUCAUCGUGGACGAGCUGCAGCGCGGCCUGCGCUGCUGCGGCGCUGCAUCGUACCGCGACUGGGAGAGGAAUGUCUACUUCAACUGCAGCUCGCCGGGCGUGCAGGCGUGCGGCGUGCCGGCCUCCUGCUGCCUGCCGCAGAUCGACGGCGAGGCCGCCCUACCGGACCCGGUGGUCAACUCGCAGUGCGGCUACGGGGCGCUGCGCGUGACCGAGGCGGAGGCGCUGGCGCGCGUGCACGCCGCGGGCUGCGCGGCACGCUUCUCCGCGUGGUUCCAUGCCAACGCCGGCGGCCUGGGCGCCGCUGCCAUCGUGUUGCUGUCGGCGCAGGUGGCGGCGCUGGGGCUCGCGACCAAGAUGCUCAGCGACAUCGAGAUGGUGAAGGCGCGCUGGUGAGGGCCGGAAGUACGCGGGCAGCUCGCGAGUCAACGUUUACCGCAUCAUCGCUGUCACCGUCAUCGUCACCACCGUCAUCUCCGUUGCAUCGAGAUGGUGAAGGCGCGGUGGCGAGGCCUUCAGUGGCUACUCAACCAUCUAUACCUUCGACACCACUGUGCUACGCACAAACAGGUCGCCAUUAAGUGGCUGCGGAGGUGUGGUGCGUGGUGAGCAGAGCCGUUCAAAUCCACCGCUGUGCCGUAACUCCCACGCUUCCGCCGUUAAUGCUCCUCGCCCUUUACCAACACCCGCAUCGGCCACCGUGGUGAAGCGUGAUAAAAUAAUACGUAAGCCCCAUGACCCGCAUAGCUGUGUGCAGGGGAGGCCCUCAUCCAGCAGUGGAUUGACGAAGGAGGCCGUACGUGUAGCCGCCGGAGCAUUGCCCCAUUCGCAGAGCAGCUGUGACCCGCCUCGCACCGGCGUAUAGUUACAGAGCUACUCACAGCCUCUCCUCCCCACUUACUGAAACACCUCCGUAACAAAACGGGUAAGAAAGGUCACACGCACGGAUUCUUCGAGGAUUUCCAACACCUGUUUGCCCACGGGUAGUUGGUGAGCAUCAUCAAUGGUGGGUUGUAAGCCACACGGGGAGAUGACGCCGCAUGUAAUGAUGCCACGUAGCGAUCGUACCGUGUAGGAUUUAACGGCUGUGCUCCACGCGGAUCGAAACGUCGGACACCGUGCCGAGCGAUGCGCGGUACAACCUGGCAACGCACGGCGGAGGCUACGCAGCAGCACACCCGCGAACAACCCACUCGGUCACGUCAACUGUCGCUAAUCUUCACGCAGCACCGCCGCUCACGGGGGAUAAAAGAUAGCACACCGGAGAACUAACCCUUAACUCAAUUUGACCGGUUUUCUGUAGAGCAAGUUCCUAACGGCAACACAAUUACAUUCACACUGCAUCAUCUUUACGAGAGUUACCGUGCCCCACCCAUCACAGACAGACAGACGGACUGACAGACAGACGUGGCAGGAGCUGAUGGCAUCCGCGCUUUUCAACCUCAAGUCGGAAAGCUUUACGGAAAAAAACAACAUCAUACACGGACCACAUCCGGGGAUGGAACCCACACCCACC